CGGUCCUUCAAACUAAAACCCCAAACACCCGAAUACAUUUCCGCUCGCAAAACCUAGAUCGAUCCACUUGCGGGAAGAAAGCCAUGAGUUUAGCACUCAUCCAAGGCUACUCCUCCGCCGAAGAAGAGCAAGAGGACAGACUCUCCUCUGGCACUCGGUCUUCUAACGAAGAUGACGUAGACGAUGAGCUCCAAGCCUCCAGGGGAAAUCCCUCCACCACUGAUAAAAACUCUUAUUAUUUUGAUCUACAGAAACCUUCCUCAAAUUCCACACUUCCCUCCGCCUUUGCUGCCUUCGCCGAGGUUUUGGGGCCGCCGGAGUUUCUGAACAGCAGCGUCGUGGAAGGAGAUAAAGGAGAUGGAGAGAAAGAUGGCGGCAGGAGGGGGAAGGGAUCGGGGAGGAGAGAGAAGAGGGAGCUUCCUCCUGGUGCAGUUAUGGUGUCUAAGCCUCAGCUGGUUGGUAUUCGAGAUAGAGUUAGAAGCGACAUAGAAGCAAGCUCCCCAGCUACAACUGCUGGUUCCGUUAAUGGUGAAGGCAAGAGAGUAAUCUCAGCUUCAAAUCCUGAUCCUAAGGAUGCUGCAGAUCUCCUCAGAAUGUGUUUACAAUGUGGGGUCCCAAAAACUUACUCUCACACCCGAGGUGUGGUGUGCCCGAUUUGCGGCGAUCGGCCUCCAUCGGAUCCUUUAAAAGAAUCCGAUAAGAAGAAGGGUUCGACCAUUAAGGAUAAAGAGAAGAGCAAGAGAAUGAAAGGCCAAUCAAGUCAUGCCACCUGGAAGAGCGAGACCGAAAUGCAGCUGAGACAGCAAUUUGAUUAGAAGGCUACAUGAAACUAUAGUUUGUAUGGAACUAAUAGGAAGAUUUACAUAAACCGCUCUCAUUUCUUUUGUAUUUACAUAUCUAUCACCUAAACCUUAAUUUUUGCAUACAUGCCAAGUGUAUUUCACUUUGUUUAAAGGUUAAAAUGAUGGUGUUUUUGAUGUGGUGUGAAUGUUUUGGGUGGUAUAAAUGUAAACUUCAAAAUUUUGGGUGUUAGAUAUGUAAGUAAAUAGGAAUUGAGUGGUAUGUAUGUAAAAGCCCCUUGAAAUUAUUAUAUUUGAUGUGUUUGUCACAUUUUAUCAAAUAGUUUUCUAUUCUUAGACUUUUAUGUUGAAUAUUUGCCCAUUUCAUUGUUAAUAUAAUAGUAGGCCGGCAUUCAUGCUGGCCUUGUUUG